AUGCUCUUCCUCCUGCACUCUUGUUUCCUUGGAAGAAGUGGCAACCUCCAUGAAGGCCUGAAGGUGCUGAAGACUGAGUUUGCACUUCAUCUCUACCACAGUGUAGCAGGAAGUAGAAAUGGAGCAAACUUCAUCAUUUCUCCUUCCACUGUGUCCAUGCCUCUAGAGAUGCUGCAGUUUGGAGCCCAUGGAAGCACUUACCAGUAGCUGGAAGAUGCCCUGGACUACACUGCUCAUGACCAAAGGGUGAGAGGUUUCAUCCACGCCAUUUAUACCACACUAACCAACACCAGGGAGCUCUGCAACACCAGCCAUGGCACUGAGAAGGAGCUGGCAUGCACCUUGUUUGUGCAAGCCAGAAUGCUGCUCUCAUCCUGCUUCAUGGAACAGGUCUCCAGGUGGGUCAGCAGCAGGCUGGAGCCAGCCAACCUCGGUGAACCCAAUUGCACCACUGUUCAGGGCAACCAAAGGGCCUCCGGAGAGACAUGGGAGUCAGACGCAGUAGCAUUUGCUCAGCUUGCACUCAUGAGUUCCAUGUCUUUCCAAAGCACUUGCAAAAGAUUCUUCUCCACAGACUCAUAACUCCUCCCUUUCACCUGUGCAGAAGGCCUCAACCUGCAGGUAUCCAUGAUGUACCAAAUGGCUGAGGUCAGCUAUGGUCAAUCCCAGGAUCCUGGGGGCCAACAGGUAGGGUUGGAGCUGCCUUACUUGGAAAGUACAAGUCUGUUGUUGGUAAUGCAUGACAAAGAUCUCCUAGUGGGCUGCAUUGAGCCACAUCUCACAGCCAGCAUCAUCUACAAGUGGACCAACAACCUGAGGAGACCCAGAAUAGACAUGUUCUUACCAGAUUUUGUGCUUUAAAAUCAUUUCAACUUAAAAAGCAUUAUAAUCACUGAUCCUUUUGAUCCACUAAAAGCUAACUUGAAAGGAAUUGCAGACCAAAAUGGCUUUUACAUUUCUGAAGCAGUCCAGAGAGCCAAGAUUGAGGUUUUAGAAGGCACCAAGACAUCUGCAGCCACAAGUAUACUCCUAAGAUGUAAUACUCCAUUACAGUGCUAA